AUGGCCUGGACUGGGAAAGAUGUAAAUGGGAGAGAGAAGGACCUGAUUGCAGAAAAUGGUUUCUUAAAAGAACCGCAGUCUUCUUCUGGUCCAAGUAUUUCAACAGCUGAUGCAACUCCAGCACAGAAGGUGUUUGAAGGGAAGGAUGCUCUCUCUUAUGCUAACAUUCUUCGGUCCAGGAACAAGUUUGUCGACGCACUUGCCCUGUAUGACAGUGUCUUGGAGAAAGAUAGUGGGAGUGUUGAAGCCCACAUCGGAAAAGGGAUAUGCCUGCAGAUGCAGAGCAUGGGAAGGCCUGCUUUUGAGAGCUUUGCAGAAGCCAUUAGGUUGGAUCCUCAGAAUGCUUGUGCUCUCACUCACUGCGGUAUACUGUACAAAGAUGAGGGUCGUCUGGUAGAUGCUGCUGAGUCAUAUCAAAAAGCUCUGAGAGCAGACUCUUCAUACAAACCAGCUGCAGAAUGCCUAGCCAUUGUUCUAACUGAUCUGGGAACCAGCUUAAAGCUUGCUGGCAAUACACAGGAGGGAAUUCAGAAGUAUUAUGAAGCUCUUAAAAUAGAUCCACACUAUGCUCCGGCAUACUAUAACCUUGGUGUUGUCUAUUCUGAGAUGAUGCAAUAUGAAACUGCCCUUGGUUGCUAUGAGAAGGCUGCACUAGAGAGACCUAUGUAUGCUGAAGCAUAUUGCAACAUGGGUGUCAUUUACAAAAACCGUGGUGACUUGGAAUCUGCCAUUGCCUGUUAUGAGAGGUGUCUAGCUGUGUCGCCUAACUUUGAGAUUGCAAAAAAUAAUAUGGCUAUUGCCUUGACAGAUUUGGGAACAAAGGUUAAGUUAGAGGGAGACAUCAACCAAGGUGUGUCAUAUUACAAGAAGGCUUUGUAUUAUAAUUGGCACUAUGCAGAUGCUAUGUAUAAUCUUGGGGUUGCUUAUGGUGAAAUGCUGAAGUUUGAUAUGGCAAUUGUUUUCUAUGAACUUGCUUUCCACUUCAACCCCCAUUGCGCAGAGGCAUGCAACAAUUUAGGAGUAAUAUACAAAGAUAGAGACAACCUUGAUAAAGCUGUAGAGUGUUACCAGUUGGCGUUGUCAAUCAAACCGAACUUCUCUCAGUCAUUGAACAACCUUGGUGUUGUCUACACAGUUCAGGGUAAAAUGGAUGCUGCUGCUAGCAUGAUCGAGAAAGCUAUCAUUGCUAAUCCCACAUAUGCAGAAGCAUAUAAUAAUUUAGGGGUUCUUUACAGAGAUGCUGGCAAUAUAUCCAUGGCUAUCACAGCUUAUGAGCAAUGCCUUAAGAUAGAUCCUGAUUCUCGUAAUGCAGGACAGAAUCGGCUGCUUGCAAUGAAUUACAUUAAUGAAGGAGAUGAUGAUAAACUUUUUGAGGCUCACAGGGACUGGGGAAGGCGAUUUAUGAGGUUAUAUCCACAGUACAAUUCAUGGGACAACCCAAAAGAUCCAGAACGACCUCUUGUGAUUGGAUAUAUUUCUCCAGAUUAUUUUACUCAUUCUGUGUCUUAUUUUAUUGAAGCCCCUCUUGUUUAUCAUGACUAUGGGAAUUACCAGGUGGUCGUUUAUUCAGCAGUAGUGAAGGCUGAUGCAAAAACUAAUAGAUUUCGGGAAAAAGUCAUGAAAAAGGGUGGGGUAUGGAGAGAUAUAUAUGGUAUUGAUGAAAAGAAGGUUGCGAGCAUGGUUAGAGAUGAUAAAAUUGACAUCUUGGUAGAGCUUACUGGUCAUACAGCCAACAAUAAGUUGGGAACAAUGGCAUGUCGACCAGCACCUGUUCAGGUGACUUGGAUUGGCUAUCCCAAUACUACUGGUUUGCCUAGCAUUGAUUAUCGAAUCACUGAUCCACUUGCAGAUCUUCCGGAUACGAAGCAGAAGCAUGUUGAGGAGUUAGUUCGACUACCAGAAUGCUUUCUUUGUUAUACCCCUUCCCCAGAGGCUGGGCCUGUUUCACCAACUCCUGCUCUAUCCAAUGGCUUCAUUACAUUUGGUAGCUUCAAUAAUCUGGCAAAGAUAACACCCAAGGUCUUGCAAGUUUGGGCAAGGAUAUUAUGUGCAGUUCCAAACUCUCGUCUCGUGGUAAAAUGCAAGCCAUUUUGUUGUGACAGUGUUAGGCAGAAAUUUCUUACGACACUAGAGCAGCUGGGUUUAGAAUCACUCCGUGUUGAUCUUCUCCCUCUAAUUCUUCUUAAUCAUGAUCAUAUGCAAGCUUAUUCUCUUAUGGACAUCAGUUUGGACACUUUUCCAUAUGCUGGAACAACGACAACGUGUGAAUCUCUAUAUAUGGGAGUUCCAUGCGUUACCAUGGCUGGAUCAGUACAUGCUCAUAAUGUUGGUGUCAGUCUUCUCAGCAAAGUUGGUUUAGGACGUCUGAUAGCCAAAAAUGAAGAUGAAUAUGUCCAGUUGGCACUACAACUGGCCUCAGAUGUCACUGCUCUCCAGAACCUGAGAAUGAGUCUUCGAGACCUUAUGUCUAAAUCAUCUGUUUGUGAUGGAAAGAACUUUAUCAGCGGUUUGGAGGCAACAUAUCGGAAUAUGUGGCGCAGGUACUGUAAGGGUGAUGUCCCAUCUUUGCGGUGUAUGGAAAUGCUACAAAAAGAAGGUGCUCCUGAAGAGCUAACUAUCAAAACCUCUGAAACAGAAAGGAUCACAAUCUUGAAAGACACCUCCACUGGAUCAGUCAAGUCUAAUGGAUUUAAUCAGAUUCCAUUGCCUAUGCUGAAUCUUACCAGUUGUGAAGAGAAUGGGAGUCAAUUGAACCAGACUACAAAUUCAGGCAAGUUUAGCUGACAUUUAAAUUUUGGUGCAUAUGUCGUAACACUUUGGUGGUUUUUUGAACUCAGAAACGAAGUCAUUACCUCCAUGGGGGAUAAUCCCCUGUAAGGUACAACUAUUGUGGUCAUAUUAUCCACAGGAAUUGAGGCUGGUGGAUAACUAUAGUUGCACUCCACCUUAAAUAGGAUUCCAAUUUUUUUUGGGGAGAAAGAAUGCCGGCGAAAGUUGGUAGAAUAUGAUUUUAUUGUGCGCCAUACUAAGGAAUAGCGGAUUGGGAAGAGAUGAUGCUAUGAGCUACUGAUAUAGAUACCCGGAUUGCUGUUGCAUUUUUUCCUCCUGAACUAGAGGAACUGUAGAAAUUUAGCCUGGUUUGUAUAUUAUGAGGAGACUUUUUAUUUUUACCCCUUUAGCAUGGCUUGUGUUUUAGUGGUUUUGGUAGUGGCAUUGUUGGUUGGCUUGCUGGAAGGUGGUGUUAUAUUAUAGUUUCAUGUAUUACUGUCGUCCUAUAAACUCACAAAAUUUGAUGAAAUAGAACAACCUAAUCUUUAGGCAUUUAUAUGGCUUUGCACCGUCAAA